AAUUACAGAAAAUUAAUUCGACCGUAGUUUAAAAAUUUAAAGUUAAGGAAGAUAAUAUUUUUGCCGGAUACGUUAUACGUUAUUUAUUUUAUUGAAUUGCAAUUAAUUUAAUGUGAUAAAAAUGUGUUGUUUACAGUCGUCAUUUUACGAUAUUUUUGUUAACGCUAAAUGGAGCCAAUGAAUCCAAUAUAUAAUAAAUACAGUGUGGAAAAAAAUAAUGGGCCCUGGAUGGAAAGUACCUUAAAAUCUUAAGUUAGCUCAUUUUAGGCAGUGUCUUACCUGAGCGAAUAACUUGCGAACGCGAAGCCUCGCGGCGCGGCGCGGGUGAAUUCAAUCCUUAAUACCUAUGGAAGUGUCCUACGUGGGCGAUCUCCGAAUGCCGUUGGGCCGCCGUGCCGCGCCGCGCCGCGUCGCAUUCGCGAGUCAUCGCCCACGUAAGCCGCGCUGUUAAAGGAAACAUUAUUUUAUUUUAAAAAGAAACAAAACUGCAAUACCUAUAACAUUUCAAACUUCCCACGACUAGUGAAACCUGCGUCGAAACGUCGUAAAUAAAGGCAACAAAAUAAAUUCGCGCUAGACCCCGUUUAAAAUGUUCUCAAAUAAAACUGCAUUCAAGUUCUUUUUAAAUAGCUUGUCUCGCCCUAAAUAAUUGUUUCGACAUACAAACUUAUUUCCCAUUUUCCUCUCUGAAUAUUAAGUUACAGUUGACGACAAGGAACAUUACUUGAUGGCGAUAGCACUUCUCACUGCCAAGCGUAGUCCAGACCCCGACAUGGGGGUUGGCGCAUGUAUUGCCGACGCCGAUGGCAAUGUUGUUGGGAUAGGUUACAACAGGCAUCCGUAUGGCUGUGAAGGGCUCUCGUGGGACAAGAAAGAAAAACAUAAAUAUGUAUGCCACGCAGAGUUGAACGCUAUUCUUAAUAAAAAUUCCGUAGAUGUAAAAGGUUGUUCAAUCUACGUAACUCUGCUGCCCUGUAACGAAUGUGCUAAGAUAAUAAUACAAUCUCGUAUUAAAGAAGUAGUUUAUCUCAAUGAGAAGAUGAAGGAAAAACGUCAUAUUGAAUCGAGAGACCUGGUAUUUAAUAUGUUUAAAGCGGCUGAUGUGCGUUAUAGGAAAUUGGAAAUUAAGGACAAGAUUGAAAUUAUCUUGGAAUUGGAAAAUAAGUACAUCUAGGAAAAUAGAAACACAGUACUAAAAGAAUAUUCACGACGAUGAACAGAAGAAAAUAAAGCCAUAUCCGUUAUGCCGUUUUGAAUUAAUUAGAGAAGAGUUUUUUUAUGUAAUUUUAUGCUUUUAUGUAUUAUAUCAUUAACAUCAUCUUUGUUACAUAUUUUAGAUAUCAAAAGAUUAGACACGUACCAUCUAAAAUGUCUAAGAUCUAUAAUUAGGAUUAAGUGGUAGGACCGUAUACCAAACUCUGAAGUUCUGCGUCGCUCCGGGAUGUACGGCAUGGAGGCGCUAUUGAUGCAGCGUCAGCUCAGAUGGUGUGGGCAUGUUCUCCGAAUGGACGAUCGCCGCUUGCCUAAAGCUAUAUUCUACUCAGAAUUAGCAGAGGGAAAGCGGAAGCACGGCGGUCAACACCUUCGAUAUAAGGACGUGCUAAAGCGCCACCUAAAGGCGUGUGCGAUCGAUAAUGCACGUUGGGAGGAGCUCGCUGCGAAACGGUCAUCUUGGCGACCUACCAUCUUCGAAUCUACCAAGUCGUUUGAGGAAAACCACCUCGCUACAUUAGACGUAAAACUCCAACUACGCAAGGAUAGACCUAAGCCCUCCUAUGUGUAUACAUACAACGCGGCCGGUCAACUAUACUGUUGUGAAUGUGAAAGGGCGUUUAAGAGCAAGUUUGGCCUGGCCAGCCACAUAAGAGCAAGAGCUCAGAAGAGGAAAAUCCCUUGAUUGCUGAGGUCGCCGUCAUCGAAAUCGACGUGGAGGACUAUAUAUAUAGUUAUAUUUUAACUAUGGUUAUUAAAUGAAUUUAUAAUACUAAAAUGUUUCUUUAUAAGUAAAAUAUAGUAACCAAUUCUUA